UCCGACGGCGUUUCAGUGCCGGAUCGCAGGGUGGCGAAAACUAGGAUCCUUUAUUCUAUGUUUGAGUAACAUUGAGUAAUUCGGAUGAUUUGGAGUUUCCAACGGAUAGGACGCGAUGAAAGUCGAAUAUUGAAUUGUGGAUGGACGGUAAAAAUACAAUGAAUGAAAGGUCUUUCGGCUUGUUGCGAAGUACGCUAGUUAGAUCGAAAAAAUCUCUUAUCCACUGUUAUUUUCGCUAAGUCGCACGUGUAGGCGAAGAGAUAAUGAGCGAAGCUUAAAUAAUGACAACCAGAAACUGGUACUCAUGGAAUUUGUUUCGCUACAUUGUAAGACGUAAGGGCACGUAUUCAUCGAAACCUAACCUGAAAGAGCUGCUCUUGAAAAUGCCGCGGCCACAAAAUCAUGUCCAGGAGAUGCGGAACCAUCGGCUAAAACUCAAAGAAAAAGGAAAAAAAUAUUUACCAGGCAUUCUUUAUCUCCAGGUCCUUGGCUCUGGCUCGCGAGGCUCGCCAAGGUCUCUUUAUUUUUUCACAGACCGAGUGAGAUACAUGUUCAACUGCAGUGAGGGGACGCAGAGGCUGGCCCUGGAGCACAAGUGUAAAUUAGCAAAACUAGAACACAUAUUUAUAACAAGGCCAACUUGGGAGAAUCUGGGUGGUUUACCGGGCCUGGCAUUGUCUGCACAGGAUGUAGGCGUACCUCAAUUUGUUUUGCACGGUCCCCAGGGAACAGACGAGCUCUUCGCAGCAGCGGAGAGAUUCAUCAUCUUGAAGAGCCUGGGAGUUUCGCUGCACGAUUGCAAUUGUGACAAUAUGUACGAGGAUGACGUUAUGACAGUCAGAUAUGUUAGACUUACUAAAAAAGACUCGGGACUCGAAGAGUCUGACUCUGAUCACAGCUUGGAGUACACUGACGAUGACACGGAUUAUUACGCUCACGAAGUUAAUCGCAAUGGCAAAAGACUCAGGCUAGUGAACAAAACUGAGCAGAGGUCCAAGAUCAGGGAGUCAUUGAACUCCAACCCCAGGAUAACUGAUGUAAUGGCUUAUAUUUGUAAACUCAAACCUCGUCCCGGUGCGUUAUCCCUUAUUAAAUGUGUCGAGGAAGGCGUACCAUCCGGCCCUCUGUUGGGUAAGCUGAAAGAGGGGGAAGAUGUCACUUUAGAAGACGGCCGCAUAGUGAAAAGCGCCGAUGUUCUGGCACCUGGGGAUUCUGGAUCAGUCAUUAUUGUUUUGGAGUGCCCCACGGUAGACUACCUUGAAUCAUUAGUGGAAAACCCCGUUUUUGAAAAUUAUCAGCAGUCGACUGCCGAGGAGGAUAACAUUCCAUUCUGCAUUGCGCACUUUACACCCGUGGAAGUGAUGGCCGAUCCACAUUACAAAAAGUGGAUGAAUGAUUUUGGCCCUGGACCAAUCCAUCUGGUAUUGAACGAACAGAACGAUUGUCUCGGGAGCGAAGCUGUUCAUAGAAUGCAGCACAAGCUGCAUUUGCUCCAUCCGACCAUAUUCCCAUUUCUCAGUGAGCAGGGUUUUGACAAAGAGAACCCCCCAGACCAAAAAAUCGUUGAGGACAACGAGGAGAAACUGGUUGAACAGUUAAUGGGGAAUUCUCGUCGUUCGCCGAUAUCUGCGGCGAACAUUGAGCCUAACGAUAACACAGUUAUUCAGGCCAAGACAUUGCAUUGCAUCCAUUUGCGCCCUAAGAACGGAUUGGAUCGCACUCUGGAGCUAAAAUUACAGCCCAAAGAGUAUGCGGAUGAGGCGAUGAACAACGACGGGUUUCUCGAUGCUCUAGCAUGCCUUCAGACUGACAUAAAUUUGAAGACGAAAGAGCUGGGCGAGAUUGCAGAGUAUCCAAAAUUAAUUUUUCUAGGCACAGGUUCAUGCGCACCUAACAAGCACAGGAACACCAGCGGGAUUCUUUUUAGAAUCACCGAAAACAGCAGCAUAAUGUUCGACUGUGGGGAGGGCACUUUGACACAGCUGAUGAGAUUUUAUGGCAAGAGCGAGGCGUACAGAGUUCUUGCCAGCAUCAAGGCGAUUUAUAUUUCUCAUUUACAUGCCGAUCAUCACAUGGGAUUGAUUGGACUUUUGAAAGCUAGAAUGUGGGCAACGGAAAAACCAGCUUUUGUACUUGCACCAAAGCAGAUAUCUGCUUGGCUUAGCUUCUAUCACAGAAGAUUUGAGCCGAUAUUGGACAAAUUCACACUCAUUGCAAACGGAGACCUGACACUGAACAGCCACAAUGAAUUAUCAACCGAAAAAUGCAAUAAUUUAUUCGCACAAUUAGGAGCAAAAGAUGUAAGCACGAGGAACGUCAAGCACGUGGCAAAUUCUUUUGGUGUAUCUGUCACGCUAAAUGACGGUUUCAAAGUAACUUACAGUGGCGACACAAUGCCUUGUCGAAGCUUGGUUGACUUAGGCCGAAACAGCGAUCUGUUAAUUCACGAAGCUACAAUGGAAGAUGAGCUAGAGUCCGAGGCACGGCUGAAGUUUCAUUCCACAAUUUCACAGGCAAUCAAUAUUGGCCAACAAAUGGAUGCAAAAUUCACUCUGCUCACCCAUUUCAGUCAACGGUAUGCUAAGAUACCUAUACUUCCUGACGAUGCUGGAAAAACGGUUGGCAUUGCAUUUGAUAACAUGCAAGUGAGAGUAGGAGAACUGCCUAUACUUCCGCUCCUCUAUCCCGCGCUACGUGUUAUGUUUUCGGAAGCUUGGGAAGAACUUGAUAACAAGGCUACAAGAAGAAAACUUCGAUUACAAUAUGGUUCAGAAUAGACACACCCAUCAUUACAUACUAAGAAGAGGAAAAAUGCCUUGAAUGAAAUGGCUUUCGUUCAAACACAAAUUGAUGUAGAUUCCAUUAUUUUGUGUUCAUUUGAAGAAUGAUUUACAACAAUGCUGUUUGGCUAAUUUUGAAUAAUAUCCUUACUCAUUAUUAUACUUUAAUAUGUGUAAGUAAUACUACCUGAUACAAUUCGUGUUGAUAGGUAAUAAGAGCGGUAGUAAGUAUUUACAUGUAUUACUAAAUAUUGUAGUAAUCAAGGUAACAAUUCGAAGCGAACGUACCUGAAGCAUUGACAUGUAUCCAUAAACAUGCCAAACAGUAAGACAUGAGUGAGGUAUCACAACGGUACUCUGUAACUCAGUGUGGUAACUGGGUGUUUUGUUUCGGACAGUUUGGCAAACCAUAGACAUGUCUGCCUGUGUGGCAAACAUGUGGCAAACAUAUUGUACUAUCCGCACCAUAUCACUGUGAUCAGCUAGCUCAGUUCUAAAAUGACACAUGACAGAAUUUUGUUGUGCACGGGCAGGCAUAUGUCAGUUUUUAUCUGUAUAAAAUCGAUGACUGUAAAACUGCAUUCUAACGUUACGUGAAGUGAAUUUCAUAGCUGCAGGAAACAGCUCGACGAAUUGUCCCAUCAUCGCGGAAACAGCAAGGACAUCUCUUUUUUUCCGCGAACUUUUGAGAUUCGAAACUAAUUUUGACUAGUCUCAAGUCAUUGCAAAAUCAAGAAAUCAGAGAUAUCUCUGUGGUAUGUAUAACAUUGUUGUCCAAUACAGUAUACGAGCGCAAGUAUUAAUUAAAACUCUUCCCAUUCGCAGACUUUGUAGCCAAAAGUUGAACAACAAAGACACAGAAAUAUGUCAAGUAAAUAAAUUUAUGAUGGAUACUAUAGAAAAUUAAAAAGCAUGUGCAGACUA